AAUAACCAGCUCUCUUUCCUGUCUACUUAGAUUGGGGUCGCCUUUCCUUUUUGUCCCGUACCGAGUCUGUUGCGUUCAUAUCCUAACCUUGGUCCUACCUGUUGGGUGCAAGGCUAGAUCUCAUUGACGAACCCUCACCUCCAAAGUCUCUGCAUUCCUCUGUCAAUCCCGUCUCAUAAAACAAUUCAGGUGGCAAAUGUCCUCGAGUUGGUCAUCUCUCAACCCUCUACCUGGGUUCCUAGGCGCAAAGCGCGAACACGAAUCUUAGACUUUGUCCUGUUCAGAACAUAAUGCGCGACAUACCGCUCGAAGUCCUAUUAACAUGGCCGACUCCGAACUACGAUGAUCCUGUUACUCGAGGCUCGGCGCUCAUAAUAGUCAAUUCGAUAUUCAUUAGUCUGGUAGCUCUGGCCGUCGGACUGAGGCUCUAUGCACGGUUGGCCAUUAGUCGGUCGUUCGGAGCUGAUGAUGUCUUCAUUAUACUGGCUUUGAUACCUACGGCUGGGCUCGCCGCAGCUGUAAUGCUUGCAAACAACAAGUAUGGCUGGAAUCGCCAUGUCUGGGAUGUACCGCUUGAUCUAUUCGCAAGCUCUCUCAAAGUUGCUAUCGCUGCCAAAGCAUUAUAUACUGUUGCUACGACGUUUACUCGGAUCUCACUUUUGAGCUUCUAUUACCGGUUUGUCCGGGAUACAGCAGCUCACCGUUUUCGAAUGACCCUUCACGCCUCGCUCGGCUUUGUCGUUGUAAUGGGCGUAUCAUUUGUUUGCCUUGCGGUUUUCCAGUGUAGCCCAAUAUCUGCCUAUUGGACGAUGCCAGCACCAGAAGGCGCUGUCUGCAUAGACGACGGCCGGGCCACGCUAGCCGUCGGUGUUGUCAAUUGCUUCGCUGAUUUGAUUGUCACGGUCUUGCCGAUUCCGCUUGUCAUGAAACUCAAAAUGCCCUUACGGCAGCGAAUUGGCGUCGUUGUGCUGCUUAGCUUGGGAUUCAUUGUCAUUAUUGCAGGAUCCCUCCGCAGUUACUACAUUUGGGACAGCAUAAUGAACAGCUACGAUGAAACCUGGGUUGGUUAUCCUCUUUGGCUCGCCGCGGCAGUUGAAGUUGACCUUGGAGUGAUUUGCGCUUGCGCCCCUGCUCUCCGCCCACUCAUCGCCUCUGCCGUUCCCCAAACCAUCACUUCGCUUUCCGAUCGAUUCACCGGGAAGUUUUCAUCCAAUUUGUCCUCAAAAGGCACCCCCUCUCCUUCGCGGGCUCUGAAGUCAGAGAUCAACCAUCCCAAUGGCGGCGACAAUACUUGGGUGAAUAUCACAUCUCGCGGCUCAGACGUGGAACUCAUCGAGCAAUCCGACUCUCGCCUCCAUCGAUCCUCGGAGCGAGAGGUUGGCAUCCAUGAGGAUCUUGAGGACCUGGAGCGGGGUACGGAUGAAAGUAGCGGCGAGCGAACACAUUCCGAGUCGCAUGGGCGUCAUAAUUCAAAAUCGAUAUGGACGACGACGCGGGUUGAGGUGACCUCCUAUCGCAAUGACGAUGUCGUUCAAAACGAGAAGGGUCCUCCCUACUAUCCUUAAAAUCCCUCCCACCCGAGAUGUCAUUCAUUUCACUUUCUGAUCUCUCGGUUUUGUAUGCCUUUUUGAUAGGGCUGACUUCAUUGCGCUCGUGGAGGAAUGUCUCUUAUG